CGCGCGCGCGCGUGCGUCUGGAGAGCUGAUGGCUGCUCAGGGGGCGCGAGAGUUAGUCCGUCCACUGUAGAUCACAACAGGCGCGGAUUCAUCAGCACUCAGCGGACACAGAGCGGACACAGAGCGGACACAGAGCCAGAACAGCCUCCCUCGGAGCUCUUAACUGUUUCGCGGCUUUUUAAUCAGUUCUUUAGGAUGGGCUGUGCCAUCUCAGGGUUGGGUUUGGCGCCCAAGAAAGCGACAGAAGCCGUGAGUGAAGAAGAGGAGGAGGAGGAAGAGGUGCAUCUCAGCAGCGAGCACAUCACCAUGAUCAAGGAGUCCUGGAAAGUUAUUCAGGAGGAUAUUGCCAAAGUUGGGAUAAUCGUAUUUGUCAGAUUGUUCGAGACUCAUCCGGAGUGCAAAGACGUCUUCUUCCUGUUCCGUGACGUGGAGGACCUGGAAAGGUUACGCACUAGCAAGGAGAUACGAGCCCAUGGUCUCCGCGUGAUGUCUUUCAUUGAGAAGAGCGUGGCCAGGCUUGAUCAGUUGGACCGGCUGGACUCACUGGCUGUCGAGCUUGGGCGAAGCCAUUACCGCUACUGCGCGCCUCCUAAAUACUACGGGUAUGUAGGAACAGAGUUCAUCUGCGCAGUCCGGCCAAUUCUGAAAGACAAAUGGACCUCUGAACUUGAGAAGGCAUGGAAGACCAUGUUCCAGUACGUGUCUCAGCUGAUGCGUCAGGGUUACAACGAGGCAGAAGAGGAAACCAAACGCAGCAACUCAGUCGGCUCGAGCAGAGAGCGGCCCGACAAGAGGAACACAGCGCUUUAAAACCGCAG